GUUUAGUAAAUUGAUAAAAUAUUCAAUCUAUUUAAUCUAAUUUCAGUGGAGUAAUACAUAUUGGUUUGCAUCUUUCUUAAACAGGCACAGCGCCACAAUUUUUCUCUCCCGGUGCUAAGGAGAAGCUUGACCAAUACGUGGGGGCUGGUUAUUAACUUUUACAUAUUUAAAAAUAUAAAUAAAGAAAUAUAUAAAAGUUGCCCCUAGUGUAGCGCUGGGCCGGUUCUUAAAGAUCAGCAACGUAAUACAUGUAAGAAUAACAAAAAAUAGUCUAAAUAUGAAUCUGUGUAAAUACAGUACCAGUCAAUAGUUUGGACACAUCUACCCAUUCAAGGGUAUUUUUUUCUUCAUUUUCCACAUUCCACGUUGAAGUACAGUGAAAACAUCAAAGCUAUUAAAUAACACAUUCAGACAGGUAAUUAAAUAGAGUUGCAGACAGGUAGAAGGUAUUGUUGGAAUGGUGGUGUCAGACUUUGAAAUACAUUUUCCAUCUGGAAACAUUACAUAUGCAAAGAGAAACAGAUGUUCACAUUCUUCUAAAAUGUUUAAUUGAUUAAAGUUUGCUGGGGACAGACUUGUUGAUUUAAUAAGCCCCACCGACCUGCAUGACCUUUAUUUUCCCUUCAUAUCAAAUAAAUGUGUUAUACCUUAAAAAGGUUAGUAUUGGUUCUCGGUACUAACAAAUAGUCAUGUAAAAAGAACAUUUCUUUUUAGAUAUUUGGACAUGGAUAUGUAAAGGGCAUUUAGAAAGUAUUCAGACCCUGUCACCUUUUCCACAAUUUAUGUUACAGCCUUAUACUAAAAUGAAUUCAAUAGAUUUUGGAAUAGAAUAUACACCUCUAACUGCAUUUGUCACCAUUUUAUAAUUGCAUAACUGGGCCUCUAGGGGUAUAUAUCGGCAAAAGACCAUACCGAUGCGUCCACGCCCAAGAACAGAUGUAACCGUGGUAUAUUUGUCAUAUACCACACACCCUGAUUUCUCAUAGCUUAAUUAUACCAACAUUAUCUCAUUCAUUUUGAACCCAUGAUCACUGUCAAUAUGAAAAAAGUUUCCUAAUAUCAUCACAUUAGGUGCAGUGUUUUGCUGCAGAAAAAGCCCUGGUAACUGGAAAGCUGGCGAAGUCGACCGGCGCAUAGCAGGUGGAGAAGGUUGAGCUGCACCUGGGGGAACCGUGACAGUUUAUGCUUGAUCAGGUUCAGGGAUGGCCAAGAAGGAUGGAACGGUCCGAGUGUCUGGGUUGCCCCAGGACAUCAGUGAAAGCAGGUUGAUCGACAAGCUGUACAUUCAUUUCCUGCGGAGGAGGAAUGGAGGAGGGGAGAUUUCAUCUGUUACAGUCUCCAAGACAAAGCCUUGGUGUACAUUCAUUACAUUUGAGGACAGUGAAGUGGCUCGGAGAGUGGUUGAACAUCAGAAUCACAUUUUAUCAGUGAAUGCCAAAGAAUAUAAACUAAAUGUGAGUUUGCACUGCAAAGAAAGGGACCCAGAUGAGCUCUUUGUGGACACAGCUGUAACCGUGGACUACAACAUAUUGCCUGGGGGGAAAACAUCAAUAUCUAACAUCCUCAAAGAUUUCUGCGAUGUAAAAUGUACCUUUCACAUUCAGGAUGAACUCUGCACCUUCAAAGGUCGCUACUCAGAAGUCAAAACCCUGACCCAGUGUCUGCUGAGGCUCUUGGAAAUACAGACCUCAAAAGAUGUCCAUUCCCUUAAAGCUGAGACCACCCAAGGUGACAAAAGUUACAACUCUACUCAAGGCCAAACUGAAAGACAGCAGAUUACUGAAACACCAGUAAUGGAUGCCAAUGGACUGAAUAUGCCGGAAGGUUCCUCUAGAGUAUUUGAGAGAAAGUAUGCCCUUGAAUCACUGUACACGGAAGAGCAAAACAUUUUGAAGUCAUCAUACUCAGAUGAAAGAGAUCAGGCUAAGGCCUCCCACAAAUCAUUUGACAAUUUCAUACAGGAAGCAGCAGCAUUAGAGGAGGUAACCUCUAUGGAUGACUUUUCCAUGGUCAUAGACUCAGACAUCUUCCGAUACCUAAACAAAUACUGCUCGGCUGAAUAUCAGAGCAUCCUUAACAGACAUGAAAUAGAGGUACUGGAUGUCACCACAAGGGACAUCACAACCCUCUAUCUGCAGCUUAAGACUAGGGCUCCUGGACGAGAGAUUGAUUGUCUAAGGCUUGCAUAUAGAGAGCUGGGCUGGCUGUUUCAAGAUAAAGAGUCCCAACUUCGCAAGGAGCAGUUGGCAAAGGAAAGCCUUCCCAUACAGGGGUUUCAGCAGGCUUUUGAAGACCUAACACAGAGGUUCACAAAGCUAUUGAUCAGCCAAGACAAGUCCAAUAUCUAUCUGGUGGGCAGUGGAAAGCAUGUAUCGGAGGCCAAGCAGUUCCUACUGAGAUUGAAAGGGGAAACAAAGGAGCAGGGCCAAGAGUCGUUUCACCUCUCAGAAUAUACAUCUCUACCCUUUAGGUCUGAAACCAAGUAUAGAAAAGGAAGGGCUAUGGAGAGCAAAAACUUUAAAAUGGCAGCCAAAUUGGGGAAACCUAUGGGUUCUGAGACACCUGAACGUGAUGACAUUUGGUCUAGUUCGAGUGGUAUAGAGGCUUUUGAAGGUCAUCAAAUGAAUAGCUUCUUGUCCAGAAAACACAUUAAUAUUGAUGAGCAGAAAUUAGGUAGUGAACCAAUUUCAGAAAUUAUGUGCCAGAAGGUUGACAUUUCAAGCUCCGGUCCAAGUGGUCUCCAGGCUUUAAAUCCAAUUGAGGAAGACUCACUCUUCAAGAGGUAUAAAUCAUUGUCCACUGCUUCCUUGUCAAGUGAAUUGCCUUCAAACCUGGCACAAAAUAUUGAAACCAAACUCACCAAAGCAGCUAACUUUAAUGACUCUCAGAGUUACUGUUCAGACCAUAUUGACAUGUCUGUUGAUAGGACAGAUGCAACAGGCUCAAUCAACCAAUCAAAAUCCCUUUCCCCUCAUAGACAUUCCAACAGUUUUUCAGGGCUGGUCAAGACCAAAUUAGUUGGGAAGGAUAGUAGCCCUGACAUAGACCUUUUUGGAAAGACAAAAGAAUACAAACCUAGAACUCUCAUGGUUGACAGUCAUUUAGAAACUACAGAUGUCUUGAGUGUACAUGUGGUGGUGCCGACAGAUCAGUGGUUGUACAUAAAAGAUAUUUUUCACAUAAUGCUAGAGGACAUAACCUCUGAUCUGCAGAUGAAGGUGAAACAAAACUUAAAGGAUGUUGUCCUCCAUUUGAGAGGAAAAGAUCUGGCCAAAGUUCAUGCGUGUCAGCAGGUGCUGAAAGAGCUGAUUGCCAGUGUAGCUAAGGACUUCUUCACCCAUGAACUGUCGCUAACACAGCUGGGUGUGUCGGACUUGAACAAUGAGACGGUGUUAUUCACCGCCAUGAGAGAGAAAUGUACACAAGUGAAAAUCCUACCAGUGCCUGAGAAAGAAAGCUUAUUAAUCUUGGGUCCAAAACUGGAUUGUAUGGAGGCAAUGUCACUGCUAAAACAGAUGCUUCACUUUGGGGAAGGGAAAGAACCGACUGUUGAAGAGGGAUCUACUGACCAUACUAAAUCAUUUUGUGCCUCUCCAUACAGCCCUGACAUAUAUCCCUCAUCCGCCAAUCACAGCACUUUACCUAGUGAAAAACAAUAUCAGGAGACUAAAACGGCAGUCAACCUUUCCUCAACCAGAAGUUUGAUGGGAGUAAGCAAUUCAGAUAUAACAAAAUCACCCAUUCUGAAGCUGCAGCUUGGGACAGUUGGUCCAGUGGACGAAAAUUGUUUCAAGAAAAUCAAAGCCCCCUAUCAAGCGGAAGAGUCACUGAGAAUUAAAAAACCAAAGGAAAAUAGUGCAACAUCAUUACCAGAGUGCAGUGCUCAGCUAUUGAUAGAACCAAAGUCUGAAAAACACCAGAUACCUCCCACUACAGGACUGCCGACCCAAAAUAAACGUACCGAAGGAAAUUAUAGUGAAUGCCAGUCCAAUGACAAACAAUUUGUGAAAUCCACUGAGGAAAAGGCUAGUCUGUCUUGUGUUUGUGAAACCACUGGGGAACUUAUGUCUACAUUUGUCUUUGGAGGGGCCCUCUCCAACAGUCAAAUAUGUCCCCAAUCUAAGGGGGAUAAGGUAGGCAUCCAAGGGACCAUGACCUGCAGUGAGAUGUCCAUUAGUCUUACUGGGCACAACAAGGAAACAACGUUGAAGAUAACCUAUAACAUCCCAGAUGGCAUUCAAGGGAAGGACCAUCCAAACCCUGGGAGGCCUUUCCAGGGAGGCACGUUCCAUGCCUUCCUGCCUCUGAAUCAAACUGCUCGCAAACUUCUGCCAUCGCUCAAACGUGCCUUUCAUCAAGGCCAAACCUUCACUGUGAGAGUAGGGGACAAUAUCGACCAGGUAACCUGGGGAAAAAUCCCACACAAGACCAGUAUUGAGGGAGGAAUUUCCAGAAAUGGCUACCCAGACUCAAGAUAUCUCAAAUGCUUAGCUGAGUCCCUGAAGUGUAAUAGUAUCGAGGGCUGAAAAACUGCAGAAUCAAGUGUCAAUAAAUGUGACCAAGUGUUUCAUUCAGAAUUGUAAAUACAUAAUUAUUAGAAUUGUAUUUCUUGCUGUAUGUUAUUUUAAUGUAUUGAUCACAAUACGUAUUUCAAUUGAAUAAUAUUCUAAAUCAAUCAGGAAAUGUUCAUGCUGAAGCAUAGUAAUGAAUGCUUAGAUGACAACCCAUUCUGUAUGAUUGAAUCAGAUUGUGGAGACACUUUGAUUAUACUGAACAACUGGUCAGAAAAAGAACACAUCCACCAAGAGAGCCAAAAACAUGCUUCCAUGUAUUUGAUCAUGUUCUCCAGUUCUGGCAGGCAUUUACACCUACUCUAUUGAAAGGAGCUGCUGGUCUGUAUUUGAGAUUUUCCUGAAAACCAAGCAGCUUCGAUAGGAAAGCUCAGUGAGAUAGCUCAAACAUACAGGCAUUCAUACAUUGGCUAAUUAGUCUUUUUGGAAUGCAUUUUAUUCAUCAGAAGACAUACAGUACAACAUAGGUAAGGCAUAGGGCUGGAAAAGCAUCACUAGUUAAUGUUAACAGCGUCAAACAAAGUGCUAGAACCCAGAUUCAAGCCUUGCAGAAAACUUCAAACAAACCCAGAUUCAAGCCUUGCAGAAAACUUCAAACAAACCCAGAUUAAAGCACUACAGAGAAUUACAAACAAACCCAGAUUCAAAGCACUGCAGAGAAUUUCAAACAAAUUCAAAGCACUCCAGAGAAGUUCAAACAAAGACUUCAAAUUAGGGCUGGCAUAGUUCAUCUGUUAACAGAAGUUAACCUUUUAUAAUUUGAGUGCAUAAUUGUUUUUGUUAACCUGAUGAAUCUCAUACUUGUCUGAAAGCAUUGAAAAUCCUCUGAACACGUCCAAAAUACAUCACCAGUUUAUGCAGCUAAAAUAUACUAUGCCAUUAACAAACAUACUGUAAAAUGUGCUUUGACAAAAUAAAGAUAUUUUGUUUUUUA